AUGGCGGCAAAGGAAACAGUUCCUCGUGGAGUAAGUUAUUACUGUGUGCCAGUUUGCCAUAGUUAUAGUAACAAAUUUGUUGAUGGAAAGACGUGGUACCCGUUACAUGAUUCUUAUGGGAACCCAGAGUACCGCACCUGUGAUGUCGGCCACCAACAACCAAAUACCUGGCUAAGAAGUAAUCUUAUUUCAGUCCCAAACAAAGUAAAAAAAGUUAAUAUUACCAUUGAAUACAGAACAGUGAACUGUACAACAUUUCGUAGAACUAAUUUCUGUAGGGAAUAUUUCGACUUUUACGUGCAUCAGUCUACUACUUUAUCGGCACCUGACCCUUUACAAAGCAAAGCCACUUACGAGAAGAUUGCUGAAAUAACUUUGCCAACCCUUGGUAUUAAUGCAAAGAGACAUUUUGGUUUUCAAGUGAAAGGAAAGUUCAUCGUUCUAGCGUUUCAUAACCGAGGCUCAUGUAGCAACAUUCACUCUGUCACUGUCAGUUAUCUUGUUUGCCCAGAGAUUACUGUUGUUAGUGGCUUGGUGUCCUUACCACGCUCUGUGGCUCCCGUUACUAACUCAGUGCCAGUUCAAGGAGGUUGUGUUACAAAUGCCAUCUACAAUAAAGGUAUUCUUAGUCUGGAAUGUAAAAGCGAUGGCGUUUGGAACAUCAGUUCACUGAAGGGAAGAUGUACUUGCAGGGAGGACACGGAGAAUAGUGGCGGAGAAUGCAAAGAUUGUCCAAGCGAUAAAUUCAACGACCAAAAUGGUUUUAAUUGUACAGUUAUUCCAUCCGCCCCGAAAAUUGUCCAAGUCAUCUUCAUUAACCAUAGCGCGUUGGAGUUAAAAUGGCAGCCUCCUGCAACUACUGGUGAUCAGACCCAAGUGUUUUAUGACGUUGAAUGCCGUAAGCGAUGCGAAGGUGAAAACGACAACAAAUGCGAGGAUAUAUCUUGCGGGAGUGACGUCAUUUUCAUACCAAAAAGGGAUGGCUUGAACAUGACUUGCGUUACUGCUGGAAAUCUUUCUCCAUUUGUAAAAUACACCGUGAAAAUCCACGCCAGAAACCGAGUAAGCGAUUUGGCAAAGAGAAAAUAUGGAAUUGAGGCAAACUUCGGGGAAAUAACUGUAGGGACUAACGGACCAGAAUCCAAGGUAACAUUGCAUCUCAGAAUUAUCUAUGGACUGGCUGGUUUAUUUGUAGUUUGCACUGUGUUUUUUGCCUGCUACAUCAUAUACAACAGAUGGAACCGCCAAAGAAACGAACACCGUGCAUUCACCAGCGUAAUGGAGAAUGAGGCACAUUGGCGAGAUCAACACAGACUGCCUUUGCAUGGACCAUCGAACCGCCGACGGAACGCACACCACAAGAAAAUGACAAAACUAAGAGAUUCUCGCGUUGUGGUGAACGAGGACGUCGCAAUGAGUUCUGUCGCUGAGCGGCAAAAGGUGGAUGACUUUAGACUUGAUCGUGAUCAAAUAACAACAGUAAAGGUGCUUGGGAGUGGCAACUUCAGUCAAGUGUCCAAAGCAGUUUACAAACCUUUAAAUUCUGAAGUGGCUGUUAAGUCAUUGAAAGGCAACGCUUCAAAGAGGGACUUGGAAGACAUGCUAACGGAAUUAGAUCUCAUGAAAAUUUUGAAGCCUCAUCCCCAUGUUGUUGAGCUCAUUGGCUGUUGUAUCGAAAAAGAUCCACUUCUCAUAGUGUUGGAGUAUUUACCAUACGGGGAUUUAUUGGGAUAUCUGCGCAAGAGCAGAGGGAUCGAGGAUGCUUAUAACACAGGAGAAAGGAGACCGAGCUCAGCACUUACAGAAAAGGAUCUCUUAUCCUUUGCGUGGAUGAUCGCUGAUGGUAUGAACUAUUUGUCAACAAUGGAGCCUGUAGAGCUUAUGUUAAAACAUCUCGGGGUAUCAAGCUUGUGUUAUUGUGCUGUAUUGCAGAUUGUUCACCGUGAUUUAGCAGCUCGCAAUGUGUUGGUUGGGGACAGCAAAGUGUGUAAGAUUACAGACUUUGGUUUAGCCCGUGGUUUAAAGGGAGAUAUCCACAUUAGAAAAAAACAGGCUCGUCUUCCAGCUAAGUGGAUGCCCCCGGAAUCUCUCUUCCAUGGCAAAUCUUCCACCAAGAGUGACAUAUGGUCUUACGGUAUUGUGAUGUGGGAGGUGUUUACCAUUGGUGAAUCCCCAUAUCCCGGGGUAAAACCAAAAGAGAUAGCUGGCUUACUGCGGACAGGAUAUCGCAUGCCUAAGCCAUCUUACAUCUCACAAGAAUUGUAUUCCAUAAUGUCUAACUGUUGGGAAGAGCAACCAGAAAAGAGACCUUCAUUUCAGUGGCUCUGCUCUGCAGUUAAGCGACUUCUGGAUGAUCACAAGACAUAUGUCAACCUGGAAGUCUACGAUGGCAAGGACUACAUCAACUUUGAUAUGAUGAUGGACGAAGAGUGAUAAAGGAUGUCCGAUGUUACCACCAACACUAAAGGUCAAGUGUAAUUGACAUAGAUUAAAGCGAUAUUUAAGUUUCAUCUUCUCUGUUCCAAAUAAGAUAAGUUAAAAUAGU